AAUAUUGUUGAUUGCUUUCAGUUGUUCUCGGUUAUUCUAACUAAAAAAACACGAAUUUUCGAAAGAUUUCGCUAUCAACUUUCGACCACUUAAUAGAAACAUUCCUAGUUCUUGCAUACUUUGCUGAUUUGGACGCUAAAAUAACAUGUCUGGCUACGAUGUUCAUGACGAUGGUCCCGGCUUUGUCGGCAUUCGUUUCUGUCAGGAAUGCAACAACAUGUUGUAUCCGAAAGAGGACAAAGAACUGAAAAUUCUGCUGUACGCGUGCCGUAACUGUGAUUACAAACAAGAAGCCGACUCCAAUUGCAUUUACGUGAACAAAAUUAUGCACGAAAUUGAUGAAUUGACACACAUCGUGCCAGACGUCAUAUCGGAUCCAACAUUGCCGCGGACUGAAGAUCAUGCUUGUCCAAAGUGCGGUCAUCGAGAAGCGGUGUUUUUCCAAGCCCAGACACGGCGCGCUGAAGAAGAAAUGAGAUUGUACUACGUUUGCACCAACCCAAACUGCACACAUCGAUGGACUGAAUAGAUUUUCCAUCUCCAGAUUAUCGCAUUAAAAUAGACACACACAAUUUGUAAUAAGCUAGCGUCAAGACAUUUCUUUUUGAUGAAAUAAAUAAACAUUAUCAGUCAAUGAA